AGCUGCAGAGGAGUCAGAGGAGUGGAGCAGGGAGAGGAGGGAGAAGAGGGACAUGGAGCGCCAUGGGGGGUGGUGGCGGGUGAAGAUGGACACGGACGAGCUGCCUGGCUUCUGGCUGCCCCCCCCCAUCGUGUCGUUUGAAGAGAGCCUUGUGCGCCGCUUCCGGGGCUACCGCAAGCAGCUCUACUACACACUUAUGUGGCGGGGAGUGGCGGCAUGGCCAGUGGAUCUAGGGGUGAGCAAGGAGGAGGCGGUGGGUGACAGUGGCGGAGUGGCUGGAGGUCUGACCCUGCCCCAUCUCUUCCCUUUCCCCCACAUCACCCCGCUCCUCCCUCCGCCCCCCCACCUUUCUCUCGUCUACCGUUUCUCCUUUCUUCCAGGGAGUGGCGGCGUGGCCGGCGGAUCUAGGGGCGGCGAGCAAGAUGGUGGUGGGGGAGCUGAGGCAGGAGCUGGCGGGGCAGGGGCUGCCCACCGAUGGCAACCGCGCCGUGCUGAGCUGGCGGGGCAGGGGCUGCCCACCGAUGGGAACCGCGCCGUGCUGUAUGCGCGGGUGCAGCGUGCUAGGCGGCUGAAUAAGGCUCUUGGGAAGCCCCUGUGGACGCCGCAAACCAGAGAACCCGUCAUGCAGGCGAGUGCGAGAGUGGAGUAUCUGUUGGAACAUCUCACACUGGACGGCACAGCAGCGUCGUAUUGUGGCUGCAGCCUGCAGGCGAGUGCGAGAGUGGAGUAUCUGUUGGAGCACCUGACACUGGACGGCACAGAAGCGUCCUGGCCGCAGGUGAUCGAGAUGAUCGACUCAAUUCCGCCCCAUAUCGCGAGUGCGAGAGUGGAGUAUCUCCUGGAACACCUCACACUGGACGGCAGCGUCGUAUUGUGGCUGCAGCCUGCAGGUGAUAAAGAUGAUCGGCUCAAGUCCUUCCCAUUCCUUCCCCACACCCCCCUGCUCUUACAGGCGAGUGCGAGAGUGGAGUAUCUGUUGGAGCACCUGACACUGGACGGCACAGCAGCGUCGUGGCCGCAGGCGAGCGCAAGAGUGGAGUAUCUGUUGGAGCACCUGACCCUGGACGGCACGGCAGCAUCGUGGCCGCAGGUGAUAGAGAUGAUGAGGGAGAGCGAGCGGCGGGCGAAUGAGGCGCAGCAGCAGCGCGAGCAGGACGAGCGGCAGCGGGAAGCAGACGAGAAGCAGCGGGCGGCCGACGAGCGGCAGCGCGUGGAAGACAAGCGGAUCCGGGCGGCACUGUCCGGCGGGGAGGAAGAGGACGAGGAGGAGGAUGAAGAAUUGGACGAAGAAGAGGAGGAGGAGGAAGAAGACGAGGAUGAUGAAGAUGAGGAGGAAGAGGAGGAGGAGGAGGAGGAGGAGGAGGAGUUAGAAGUUGACGAUGUGAUAGAUGAUGAGGAGGAUGAGGACGAGGAGGAGGAGGAGGGGGCGGUGGGGGAAGAGGACGAGGCGGUGGACGAGGAGGAGGUGGCGCCAGGGCAGGCGGGCGGCAUGCUGGGCGGCGGAGCAGAGAGGGAGGUGUCGGUGCUGGCCAUGGAGGAGGAGGGCAUGCGGGGCGGCGGCGGGCUGCUCACAUCGCAGCUUGUGGGCAGCGGUGGUGGGAGCGCUGCAGGCAGAGCCAAGGCUAAAUCGUCGGACCUGUAUGACGAUGAGGACGAGGGGGAGGUGCAUGCAGCAGCACCAGCCAUCCUAGCCGGAUCGGCCGCGCAGGCAGCAGAGGAGGACGAGGAGAUGCAGGCGUUCCGAGCGGAGGAGGACCUCAUUCCGCUCUCCACCACUCUGGACGGCAUAUUCACCUUGGAGGAGCGGUGGGGGCACUGGUGGGAGCGGGCUGACAAGGAGCGGGUCGUGCAGCCGUGGAGCGAGAGGGUGGAGCUUGAUAUUGCUUGGAGCAUCUUUCAACUGGUGAUUGAGCUGGGCGGCGUGCUGACCCUGGCAGACUGCUGCAUGGUGCUGUGGGCGGCAGUGGACGGCAACGAUUGUCGUAUUAUGCAGGGGGUGGUCGAGAAGUCGCACGCGAUUGGUCACAAGUUCGGCAUCAACCUCUACAAGACGGUGGUCAACACGUGCCUUGGGCUCCUGGAGAUAGACACAGCAGUUGCAAUCUUGGAAGAUAUGCAGCGAGCGGGCGUCCAACCAGGCGAUGACAUGUGGCAGCAUGUGGACGAGGCCCGCCGGGUGGCGGCUGAGCGGGUCGUCGAGGAGCAACGGCGGCGAGAGGCUGCUGAGGUGGCAGCUGCAGAAGCGGCAGCUGCUGAUGUGGCGGCUGGUGCUGUGACUGGUGAAGUCCCACCAUUCAUGCAAGGCGAGGAGAGUGGAGUUGAUGGGAAAGAAGCAGGUUUGGAUAAAAGUGAAGGAGCCUCCGGAGGAGGGUUAUCAAGUGGAAUGGACAAAUAA